AUGCCUCCCUCUACAUCGGCAAGGCAAAGCACACUGACUCCAGUCAAAAGCGCACCCACUGCUCGCCCUCGAGGUCCACGGCAGACCAGUCUCACUUCCUGGUUCGGAUCUUCGCCCGCUGCUGGAUCAACCCCUGCCCAGGAUGUCGUGACUAACAGUAAUUUGUUUCUUCCAGAGACUUCAAAAACAUCUCGUCGUCCAGAUGCUGAGCCGCCGACGAAAAAGCCACGUCUGAGUCUGGACGAGGAGGACGACUGGCUGUCGCCGCAGGCCCAGGCUUCGGUUGAUCUUCUUCCGCCUAACUCAAGCGCACCCCGGUCCAGCCCUAGCAAGGUGAGAUCAACGGAGAAACGGAGAGGUGGAUUCAUUGUGGAUUCGGACGAUUCAGAUGCAGGAAAUGAUGAUGAGGAUUCUUUGCCUGAAGAUUUGCCCGCAACUCAAAACGACUCUUUGUUCGGAGAUGGUUGUGAGGCUGAUGAGUCUGCUCGGCCUGUGACUGAACCGCGAUCAGAGUCCCCACAAGAUGGUACGACCAAAGCUUCGCUCAUGUUACGACCCAAAGAGCCUCUUCAGCUUUCCGGCACCUUCGACGAUUCUGCCGAAACCAAGACGCAUCAUGAUGAUACACUACCAAUCGCACUGGAUGGCACAGUGGAUCCUGAGCGUCCCCCACUUAUACGUCAAGAUACUAGUCUUUAUACUCCUGGAGAUUUCGGUGACGAAGAUUUUGAGCAAGAUGAAUUUUAUGAGGAAGGCGAGGAGUUUAUGGAGAGACGUUGGAUGGAAGACCAAGCUGCCAUGGAAGCAGCUUUUGACGAAGACUCAAAAUCAGAGAGUGGCACUGAGAGUGUGCGUACGCCAAAUGAUGAUUUCGAUCUACCUGGUACGCCGGACCAGGAGAGUGUUGCAUCUUGUCCCAUCUGCAGUGGUAGCCUAGCAGACCUGACAGAAGCGCAGGCAUCAAGUCAUGUCAACGCUUGUCUUGACGGGACUGCGCCUCCGCUACCAAAGAUCACGCAAGACUCUUCAGCCACUAUGGCGGGACCCGAAUCCAGGCCAGCAUCUCCGUUCAAACAGCUUACCAAGCCGGCCCAUCGCUUUCAGCGAGCUGCCAUUGCACGACCACCUCAAAACAAUCCCUUCAGCGCCGCUAAAGACAACAAGGCAGGUAGCUCAGCAUUCAGUAGGCUCAUGUCCGGCCAUGCUGAAGAUCUUGCUUGGGCCGAGGCAGCUGCUAAUGAGAAGGACUCCCGCGGUAAGCCGUCGUACCAGCGGACUUGUCCCUUCUACAAGAUCAUGCCUGGUUUGAGUAUCUGUGUGGACGCCUUCCGCUACGGUAAAGUCGAAGGCCAGAACGCCUACUUCCUCAGCCAUUUUCACAGCGACCACUACAUCGGUCUCACUGCCAGCUGGUCUCAUGGCCCAAUCUACGCAAGUAAGGUCACCUGUAAUCUCAUGCGCCAGUGUCUCAAGGUCAACCCAAAGUAUAUCAAGCCUCUCGAGUUUGAGAAGAAAUAUGAGGUGCCUGACACGAAAGGUGUGUUUGUGACCAUGAUACCAGCCAACCACUGUCCGGGCUCCUCACUGUACCUCUUCGAAAAGGUCAUUGGCAAGAAUCGAGAUGGAAGCGACCGCAUGACGCGAGUCCUUCACUGCGGCGACUUCCGCGCUUGUCCUGCGCACGUGAACCAUCCACUCAUACGGCCCAACGUCGUCGAUGCCGUGAGUGGCGCCACCAAAGAGCAGUGGAUCGACACCUGCUACCUCGAUACGACCUAUCUGACUCCCAAAUACGCGUUUCCCUCUCAGACUGAUGUCAUCGAUGCAUGCGCAGCCAUGUGCGUGUCCCUGUCCAACGAAAUAGCGGAUCCCAGCGACGCAUGGGAAUCCACCAAGAACUCACGGAUGGGACCUACAAUGUCCAAGUUCCUGGAAGCUGGGGACGCCGGCAAACCCAAGCUCGAGCCGGAGGAAGAGGACAGUAAAGCUGACCUCAAACCUCGCGGCCGACUCUUGGUUGUAACCGGCACAUACAGCAUUGGCAAGGAGCGCAUCUGUCUAGGAAUCGCCAAAGCACUGAAAUCCAAGAUCUACGCCCCGCCCAACAAAAUGGCCAUCUGUCGUGCCCUCGAGGACAGAGAACUAAACGCCCACCUCACCAGCAACAAGUUCGAAGCCCAAGUACACAUGCAGACGCUAUUCGAGAUCCGCGCCGAGACGCUGCACGACUAUCUAGUGCCACUCAAGCCGCACUUCAGCCGCAUCGUAGGCUUCCGGCCAACGGGCUGGAACUACAAGCCUCCAAGCAGCAGAUUCACCGAGAAUCCUGCUGUCGAUAUGAUCCUCAACAGUGACGGAUGGAAGAGCCGCUUCGGCAUGCGCGAUCUGGUGCCCCAGCGAGGCAGCACCAGGGAGUCGAACUGUUUUGGCGUGCCGUACAGCGAGCACAGCUCGUUUCGCGAAUUGACAAUGUUCUGCUGCGCGCUGCGCAUCAAGAAGGUAGUACCGACGGUCAAUGUGGGGAGCGCGCGGAGUAGGGAGAAGAUGAAGAAGUGGAUUGAGAAAUGGGAUAUGGAGAAAAAGAAGAAGGGCCUGUUCCAAUGGGAGAUGGGAGGUGGUGGGAGUGGUGGAGAUACGGAGCGUUUUGAAGGUCUUCAUUAUGGUGUGUAG